AUGAUGAUUUCUUAUGCCUCCUCAAUUAAUUCCGUCACCAUCGAUGAAAAGCGUGUUAUGGUAUCCAAUGGUGUUAGAAGGGUUAGCUUUGCACAAGAUUCUCCAACUUAUACCAACAACAAUUCUCAAUUUAUUGCUUCACCGAUUUUGGCUGGUUACCCGCCUAUUUGGCAGCCUCCAGCUAACGGCCCUGCUAUUUGUCGUAUUUGCUAUAGUACUGAAAAUUCUGGACCUAAAACUGGAGAACCUUUAAUUUCUCCUUGUCAUUGUAAAGGAACUAUGGGACUUUAUCAUCGAACUUGUUUAGGCAAAUGGUUGGCUGUUUCUAAUAAGACUUGCUGUGAAAUUUGUCAAUUUCCUUUUCAAAUUAAACGGACUAAACGUUCAAUUUGGGAAUAUUUAAAAGAUGAAGAUGCUCGUUUAGCUAGACGAAAUUUAAUUUUGGACUUCCUUUGCUUUUUAAUAAUAACUCCUUUAGUUAUUGUUAGUUCAACAGUAUGCACAAUAUCUUCAGCACAUUUAAUUAGAGAAGAGAAUGAAAACCGUACUCAAAGCACUUUGGGAAUUUCUGGAGAAUUGAGAUUUGAAAUUGCUAUAGGUCUUCUAUUUCUCAGUGCUGUGCUCGUUACCGCCUUUUGCAUUUGGUUGGGAGUUACAGUUGCUUUUCAUACAAAAGCGCUAAGGAAUUGGCAAGCUACACAUUGGGACUACAAAGUAGUAGAUCAACUUAGUUUGGAAGAGUCAUUGCUAAUUAAUGGUUUUGAUGGAAGAUAG